AUGUCUACCAAGUUGAGACGGAGCUUCUCCGAGGUCUUUCGGGGCAAAAAGGCCUCGAGGUCAUCCAUCAACCUCGCCCCGGUCCCCGAGUUUCCCGAGAUCGACCAUCACGAGCCUCAUCGUGUCUCGAAUACCUUUGAAGAUGUCGCAUCCUUUGCCCCGUCGAUCCAUGAAGAGGCUCAGUUCGAGACUCAUCUCCAAGAUGCUGUCGUCGAGUCUCUUCGUGAUCGGAUCAAGACUCUCGACCAGGAACGAAACCAACAGGUUGCCAGGGCAGGGCGUCUAGAGCAUCAACUUCUGGCGAAGAAUCAAGAUCUUCAGGACAUGCGACAACUUCUCGACCGAGACAGAGGAAGAUGUCGACAACUGAAUGACAAGGUUGCUCGCUUGACGCAAGAGCAGGGACGGUUGCAACACCAACAUGCACAACAACUACAAGAAAAGGAAGGUCUCCUGGCUGAGGAGAAGUCGCUGAUAAAGGAUUACGCCGAGCAGUUGAAGGAGUAUCAAGUGUCUUACAUCAGAAUGUCCGAAGCCCAAGGUCAACUCCAAGAGAGAGUCGACGAACUCGAAGCUGAGAACCGCGCCCUACUACAACCCACCGACGAUGCCCCCGCCACGAUACAGCAAGAAAAGAUCAUGCUCACGAAAAAGGUCAGGGCUCUGGAGACUGAGCUGGCACACGAGAAAGCAGAGUGCGACGAGGGAAGAAGGGCACUUUUUGAAAUGCAUCAACGAAAGAGUGCAGUUGAUGCUGAGAACAGGGGCAUGGCUGAGAAGUUGGCUAUGCAGGUUCAAGAGAUGGAGGAUAUCAAGGCUGUGCUUGAUCAGCAAAUGGCUGAAGUUGAGCAGGAGCGGCAGAGGCAUGAGUCCCAGAUGGAAGAAGCCGCUCGAGUUCCUUGGAGUAGCCCGACGCCUCGGAUGAUCCUGGUCAACAACAUGUUUUCCCAAGGCUUCCAGAACGCGGCAGCUCCCGGAAAUGCACCGAACGCAGCCCCAUUCUUGCAGUCAUGUUCGCUGGCCAUGCUGACCAACAACCUUCUCGACAUCAAGCUCGACACCCAACAAGCUCGCCGUCUAGCCGAAAACAUUUCCACCGCAGAUCUCAAGAUUCUUCCCUGUGACUUGUGUCAACUGCCCAAGUUUGCAAACAAGUCUAACAACCCGCGAGUCCGUGUGAACGAAUUUGCGAGCGCAUCGCAGCCGACUGCUUGCUGCUCCAAGUUCAUCUGCACCGAGUGUUACUUGAACUCUAUCACGGAGUCCCUUACUAACGAUUGGUGGGGUAACUUGGGGAGAGGAGGUUGGCUGACUUGCCCGGCGCCAAACUGCGAUCAUGGACUGCGUCUUACUCACCGAGGAGCCCUUGCGAACCUAUUGCGGCAGCUAGGUGACAAGGACUCUGAUAACAAGAUGGCCAUGUACGAUCGUAUUCUCAUCUUCCGAGCGGCCCUCGCCAAGUUGAAUCCCCAACCAAGCGACGAAGCCCUAAAGAUUGCAGCUAGAAUGCACAGCCAACUCGCCGUAGUAGGUCGAAUGUACUCACUAUUCGACCCAGUCUUCAACAACACCGAGCCUGAUGAAGCUGGCCGUAUUCCUCCUUUCAAUCCUGGAAACAUCAAGAUGAUCCGCGUCGAUCACGAAGGAGGCAGCAUCCUAGUGCCACUGUUUAUCCGGUUCAUCCGACGACAACGAACACCAAAGGAAUGUGCAGUCUGCACCGAUGAAUUCUUCGACGUCGACUUUGCUUCCGUGGAAGAGUGGCUAGAUCUAUGCGCCGGCUUCCACGGCGAGUGGAUGUGGAAGAUUCUCUUGUUCCCAGUGAAGCUUAGGAUAGGGUGUAAUCAUGAGAUCGACUUUUGCACCGGAUGUCUGGAACAGCAUCUCAAGACGCAGCUUGAGCAGUAUGGACGGAGCAGAUGCGAUCAACUUGCUUGUCCGUCUGACGGCUGUGGUCGACGGCUUGACUACGAUGAAGUUCGACUAUAUGCAGAACCGGAAACCUUUGAGCUGUACGACCGCUACCUUCACCUCAACGCAAUAAGCAAACUCGAAAACUUCCGAUGGUGUCUUCGCCAGGGAUGUCCCAACGGUCAGCUCUACGACGACGGUGAUGAGACGGAUCCUCAUAUUCACUGCCAAGAGUGUGCUUUUGAAAUGUGCUACAAGCACAUGAUUCCUUGGCACGAAGGUCUCAGCUGUGAGGAGUUUGAGAGUGCAAGAGAUCACGGCGAUCCACAGUACCAGCAGACGCAAGACUGGAUUGCAAACAACACAAAACCGUGUCCAAACUGUAACCAGAACAUUCAAAAGGGCGAGGCCUGUUUCCACAUGACGUGUUCCAACUGUCACCAUGAGUUCUGCUGGAUCUGCCUGGCAGACUGGGCCCAGAUCACGCCCCGUCCGGGAGAACACAAUCCGGAGGCGCAUGGCCAGGGCUGCAUCUUUCGCACCAAUGGAUUAACGCCAAGUCAACUUUUUGGGAGAACGGUGGAGGAAGCGUUGGCGCCCCGACGAAGACGAUGA